UGGAGGAAGUGGGGCUUUUACAAUUAGGUAGGGCUUGUUUCUGAGAAUACACAACACAGCCAGCGAAAUGGAGUAAAGUCAACUGUUCUUAUUCGGACUCAAAAGGGAUAACGAGAGGAAAUCGGUGCCUCUUGGAGGACCGUAAACAAACAGGAUAACAAACGUUCUCCCGCGUCGUCAGUCUGUCGAAUGCACAGAUCUCAGCUGCGGCUUGUGCUGAUUGAGGAGCAGAAACGUUUGAUGGUUACAACUUUACGGAGGAAGUCACUGACGGGCAGCAAAUAUUACCAAGUUAUAUGUACUUAGGUUAUUCGUUUAUAUUUCAUUGCCUGUUCGUCAGCUAGUUGGCAAGCUGUUGAUCGCCAAAAAAAAUUCAACUUGUAGUUGAAGACUCGGUCGCGAGGGACCGUGGACGGUUACCAAGCUAAGAUUAUCUUAACUAGCCCAUUUCCUCCAACACCCCCUCCCCCAUGAUAGCUAGCUAGCUAGCCACUGUCUCCAUAUCAGAGCCCACACACUGGGGUGAAAUAAAUGACUAUGGCUAAUUUUGUGCGGUUUCGUUGGUCUCUUGUGAAAUAACAUGGAUUUGGCUGAAGAUCAGGAUUCGUUACCUAACUGAGAUGGCGAGCUAGCUAGCGAACUGGAUGAGUGGGUUUUGUGUCGUUGCGAUAAAGCGGUUGUGUUAGCUAGCGCUAGUUUGUUACCUAUGCUUCGUAUAUUAACUAGCUCAAAUUCAGCUAUCUAACGUUACUGGCUAACUCGCUACCAAGUAGCACCGGUUUCCACAGCAGCUAGUAAUAACACUUCUCCCUUGUCGACCAUGUACAUUGAGAAUCUAUCUGGCUGAUUUCGUGGCUGAAUUUACAGUUUAAAUGUGGCAUCUAACGUAAAGUUAGUCCCAACAACUGAAUGCUUGUUAUCUUGAUAGCUACGUUCGAUAGUUGUCGCCAACGUUAGUUAGCUAAAGUGGCAUCUAACGUAAAGUUAGUCCCAACAACUGAAUGCUUGUUAUCUUGAUAGCUACGUUCGAUAGUUGUCGCCAACGUUAGUUAGCUAAAGUAGAUUUUAGUCGGGUAUAGUUUUUGCGUGCUGGAUAUUCAGCUGGCAACCUACAUCUGUGGUUUGAUUGACGUCCUCUUUCUGAUAUCGCUGUGUAGGAUCCUAUGCCAAUAAGACAAUUGUUUUGAUUUUUCAUGUUGGUGAAUAUGUUUGAACCUGAACCUCACUACUGUAUUCGCUAGUAUCUGGACCAUUCAUUCGUCAGUACUUUUUUUUUGUGUGACACAGGCGAGCUGGCUUGCUCUUGUUAUUUUAGCUUUCUACCCCUGUCAUCGUUAUUACACGAGGAUGUCUUUAUCGAAUACCAAUUCGAUAGAAGUGAUACAACCCAUCUUUGUCGACGCAUAAAGUCAUGUUUUAUUUUUAAGCAGAUACGACGAGACACAAUUAGGAAGCUUGAAGCAUACGUCUUGCUGGAGUACCACGUACCGCAAUAUUACAAUUUGAGCUUUUCAAGAAGAUAAAACAAACUAUGUGGCUAGGAUCAGUGGGGAUUCACAGUUAUUAGCUAGCUGCCUUGCUAGUUCGCCACAUCUAGCAGGUGGGCCAUCUAAAAUAAGUGAAGCUCACUGAAAUCUCGAAAUCUCUCAUCAAUCUUGUCUGGCCAUUGAAACCACUACCAUUUUUGGCACACAAAAAAAUACCCAGAUAAAUACUAUUUUUUUUGUGUAACAAUGGUUGUGUUUUGAGCGACCGUGUGUGCCGAACCUAGAGGAAGAAAACGACACGCUUCAUUCGAUGGUCACCCCUGUCAUCCGCAUAGCUGCCUCGGUCGCCCAGGUUGGAACUAGGUUUUAAAGAUUCUCAGUGGACAUUUGCUUUAUCUUUCACAAAAAAAUCCUUCCCACGGCUGGUGUUGUAUCGACUCGGUCGAACCAGGGUUGAAGAUGGCGGACCUCGAAGCAGUUCUCGCCGAUGUCAGCUAUUUGAUGGCGAUGGAGAAGAGCAAAUCUACUCCAGCGGCCCGGGCGAGCAAGAAAAUCAUACUGCCUGAAUCCAGUAUUCGCAGUGUGAUGCAGAAGUACCUGGAGGAAAGAGAUGAGCUGACCUUCGACAAAAUCUUCAAUCAAAAGAUCGGGUUUCUGCUGUUCAAGGAUUUUUGUUUGAAUGAAAUAGAUGAGGCCGUACCACAGCUCAAGUUCUACGAAGAAAUUAAGGACUACGAGAAGUUGGAUUCUGAAGAGGAGCGGUUGUGUCGUAGCAGACAGAUCUAUGAUGGAUACAUCAUGAAGGAACUCCUCUCCUGUUCACAUGCCUUCUCUAAGAAAGCAGUAGACCACGUUCAGACUCACCUGGCCAAGAAACAGGUGCCUCCCUCUCUCUUCCAGCCGUACAUUGUGGAGAUCUGUGACAGUCUGCGAGGGAUGAUCUUCCGCAAGUUCAUAGAGAGUGACAAGUUCACUCGUUUCUGCCAGUGGAAGAAUGUGGAGCUGAACAUCCAUUUGACGAUGAAUGACUUCAGUGUCCAUCGUAUCAUUGGUCGAGGGGGUUUCGGGGAGGUGUACGGCUGCAGGAAGGCUGACACCGGCAAGAUGUAUGCCAUGAAGUGUUUGGAUAAGAAGAGGAUCAAGAUGAAGCAGGGAGAGACUCUGGCUCUGAACGAGAGAAUCAUGUUGUCCCUUGUCAGCACAGGGGACUGUCCGUUCAUAGUGUGUAUGACAUACGCCUUCCACACACCAGACAAACUCUGUUUCAUUCUGGACCUGAUGAACGGAGGGGACCUACACUACCACCUGUCCCAGCAUGGUGUGUUCAGUGAGAAGGAGAUGCGUUUCUACGCAGCAGAGAUCAUCCUGGGACUAGAACACAUGCACAACCGCUUCGUUGUCUACAGAGACCUCAAGCCUGCUAACAUCCUAUUGGAUGAGCAUGGUCAUGUGCGUAUCUCAGACCUGGGUCUGGCCUGUGACUUCUCCAAGAAGAAACCUCACGCCAGCGUUGGUACCCAUGGAUACAUGGCCCCAGAGGUGCUUCAGAAGGGGACAGCGUACGACAGCAGUGCUGACUGGUUCUCCCUGGGCUGCAUGCUCUUCAAACUGCUCAGAGGGCACAGUCCCUUCAGACAGCACAAGACCAAAGACAAACAUGAGAUUGACCGGAUGACGCUCACUAUGAACGUGGAGUUGCCAGACUCGUUCUCUGUGGAGCUGAAGGGUCUAUUGGAGGGUCUGCUGCAGAGAGACGUGGUGAAAAGACUGGGCUGCCUGGGACGAGGGGCCCCAGAGGUGAAGGAGCAUCUGUUCUUCAAAGGCAUUGACUGGCAGCAAGUGUAUCUCCAGAAGUAUUCUCCCCCUCUCAUCCCUCCUAGAGGAGAGGUAAAUGCAGCAGAUGCUUUUGACAUUGGUUCCUUUGAUGAGGAGGACACCAAGGGCAUCAAGUUGUUGGACAGUGACCAGGAGUUGUAUAAGAACUUCCCGCUGGUCAUCUCAGAGCGCUGGCAGCAGGAGGUGGCUGAGACGGUGUACGAGGCGGUCAACUCCGACACGGACAAGAACGAGGCCCGCAAGAGGGCCAAGAACAAACAGCUGGGCCACGAGGAGGACUAUGCCCUGGGGAAGGACUGUAUAAUGCACGGCUACAUGUUGAAGCUGGGGAACCCGUUCCUGACGCAGUGGCAGCGCCGAUACUUCUACCUGUUCCCCAACCGAGUGGAGUGGAGGGGAGAGGGGGAGUCACGGCAAAACCUGCUGACGAUGGAGCAGAUUGUGACGGUGGAGGAGACACAGAUUAAAGAUAAGAAGUGCAUCCUGCUGCGCAUCAAAGGAGGGAAGCAGUUUGUCUUGCAGUGUGAGAGUGACCCAGAGUUUGUCCAGUGGAAGAAGGAGCUGACCGAGGCGUUCACUGAGGCCCAGAAGCUGCUGCGUCGCGCCCCUAAGGUCAUUGGGAAGGGACGGGCUGGGGUGGAGCUCUCCAAACCUCCCCUCACACACCACAACAGCAACGGCCUGUAGGCUACACACCUGCACACACACACACCGCAUCUUAUAACCUCAUCCCCUAUGACCCCGCCCCCCCCAGCCCUAGACACACACACACAAA